GAGCGCGAGGAGCAUCAGCGGUUCUGAACUGAAGAGAUCAGCCUGGAGUCUGUCUCAGUUUCUCUCACUGGCAGCCGUCGCGCGCAUCCGUGCCGGGAUACGAUAGCUUUCUUACGGGCAUUCGCUGGCGGGAGACUCGGCUCUAUUUAUCCACACUUGAAGCUUUAAAAUUGUGCUUUUAUGUGUGAUGCUUAUAUUCUGACGUUUUAAUGCGUUAUCUUAUAUUAUUUUAUAUAUGUAUAUUAGUAGUUGUUUGACAGUUGGGGUUAAUUGGAUGUUCACCCCGUUGCCUUUUUAAAUAGGCGGAUGGUUAAAGAAUACAUUAAGUGCUAAUGGUAGCAGCACAACAGCAAAACUCAGGUUGUUUAGUCUUUUAGGUGUAAUUACGUUAAUUUUUAUUUAAAACAAAGUCCUAACGGCAUUAGACAUGAUGAUGAACAUUGUCGUGGAGUUUUUCGUGGUCAUUCUGAAAGUUCUCUGGGCCAUCGUGAUGGCCGGACUCAAGUGGCUCAUACGGCCGAAGGAGAAGAGCGUAGCGGGACAGGUGUGCUUGAUCACCGGGGCGGGCGGCGAACUUGGGCGGCUCUUCGCGAAGGAGUUCGCCCGGCGCCGGGCUACACUGGUGCUGUGGGACAUCAACAGCCACAGCAAUGAGGAGACUGCGGAGAUGGUGCGACAGAUCUACAGAGAGGAAGACAACCCGAUGUCCAAAGAGGGAGCUGUCGAUGGUGUGGAAGAGGUCCCUCCGUUUCAGCCGCAGGUGUAUACGUACGUGGUUGAUGUGGGCAAGAGGGAGAACGUGUACUCCACAGCAGAGAAAGUGCGCAGGGAGGUCGGUGAAGUGAACUUGUUGAUCAACAACGCUGGUGUUGUGUCCGGCCACCACCUGCUGGAAUGCCCCGAUGAGCUGAUCGAGAGGACCAUGGUGGUGAACUGCCAUGCACACUUCUGGACCACCAAGGCAUUUCUUCCCAAGAUGCUAGAGAUGAACCAUGGCCACAUUGUGACAGUUGCCAGUUCACUGGGCCUUUUCAGCACAGCUGGUGUGGAGGAUUACUGCGCUAGCAAGUUUGGUGCCAUCGGCUUCCACGAGUCCCUGAGCCACGAAAUCAAGGCUUCGGAGAAGGACGGUAUCAAGAUGACGUUGGUGUGUCCUUACCUGGUGGACACGGGCAUGUUCAGAGGAUGCAGAAUAAGGAAAGAGAUCGAGCCAUUUCUCCCUCCAUUGAGACCAGAGUUCUGUGUGACACAGUCCAUGAGGGCCAUCCUGACAGACCAGCCCAUGAUCUGCACGCCUCGCAUUGUAUACAUGGUCAACUUUAUGAAAAGCAUUUUGCCCUUCGAAGCAAUCGUGUGCAUGUACCGGUUCCUGGGUGCAGAUAAGUGCAUGUACCCCUUCCUUGCUCAGAGGAAAGAGGCGAUGAACAACAACGAGGCAAAGAAUGGGAUCUAGAGGGCGCCGUUUCCAACCCACAAGGGUUCUAACCCGCAUGAGGAUAAGACCACUGAGAGGGCAGAAGGAAGUGAAAAGACUGCGUUUAGACUGGUGCACUUGCAUUUGGCAGAUGCAAAGGUUUACCAUAUUGUUCCUCUGGAACAAAGAAAGCUGUGUACUACACUAAGGAUUUAUUUGUUGAUUUAUGUGUUGUCUUUUUUAAAAGUUUGUUCCAUCUAUAUACUGUGUCAAUAGUUUUGAAAUCAUACAUGAGCUAUUCAGUAAUUAACUAUUUACGUAAUGUAGUCACCAGCAUUAUCUAGCGUCUUUGUGAAACUAUACAGUAUGUUACUGUACGAACAGUAAAUUCUUGUCACUUUUUUUUGUUUUGUUUGUGUGUAGACAUGCACUGUAUUUACUUUCCUCUACACUGCCAACAUUAUCUACACCGUUCAAUGUGGCACCACGCCACUGUUCCCCCUAUUCAAUACAUUUAAAGGCAGCAGCAGGAGAUCAUGUGUCCGAUAGGGCCCAGUUAUGAACCAUGUGAUGUUAUAGAUAAAAUAUUUUGCAUUCCC